AUGGGCUUUGGUGUGAAAAACGGGGUCCGUCAAGGUGGUAUUAUGUCACCAUUACUUUACAAUAUCUAUGUGGAAGAUCUAAAUGUUCGUCUGAAUAAUGUUAAUGAUGGUUGUGAGCUGAAAGAUACAACAUUUAAUCGUCUCUGCUAUGCAGAUGACAUGGUUCUUCUGGCUUCUUCUUGUUAUGGGUUACAACGCCUUGUUAUUGCCUGUGAGAAUUUUGCUGAAGAUCAUGAUGUCAUUUACAACACAACAAAAUCUGUUUGCAUGCUUUUCUGUCCAAGUGUACGUAAAGUAUCUGGCUUGCCAGUUACCCGUCUGAUUGUUUCUCAUCUCAAUUACUGUGAUAGCGUUACAUAUCUUGGCCAUAUGCUUACCGAUACUCUAAAUGGUGAGCUAGAUAUUAAGGGUUAA